GAAGGCACAUAUUUUUAGAGGGAAAACAUUCUUUCUAGAGUGAAGAUAUUCUCCCUCUCUAGACAAGUAAUACCUUCCCCGGAAGACCGGAACCAAUUUUCUUCUUCUCCAUUCUUUGAAGAGGGCCAUCGCUUUCUUCCCAAGUACUACUUAUCUUCCAACUCUCCUCUCUCUCUCUCUCCAAAGACAACCUUUAGUUUCUCUCUCUCUCUCUCUCUCUCUCUCUCUCUCUCCAAUGAAGAAUGAGAAGAACCAGGGCCAAGCAACCUCAACUACAAAAGUACCAUUUAUUUCCUUGAUCCAUCAUUCCAGCCUCAUCACUAAUUUGAUUCUCGUCGCUCUUGGUUUAACCAUUGGAAUCACGUGUACUUCCUACAUCAAUGGCUUUUUUCCCUUCAACCACGAGCUCAACAAACUCUUCUACAACAUCCCGUCGCCUCUCGAGGCUCCUCCGACUCCGGACACACCAAGAAUUGCCAAUUACAGUCAGAGUGAAAGCUCCUUCAGUGAUCAUGAAAUAGUGGAAGACGAAGAGUUAACGCGGAGAGCUUCAACGGUUCCUCGUAUUCCCCAAGCUCCAUUCCAGCUUGUCCCAAAGGUUGCCUUCUUGUUUUUGACAAGAGGGGAUUUGCCCCUGGCGCCACUGUGGGAGAAGUUCUUUGAAGGGCAUAAAGGGAAAUACUCCAUCUAUGUCCAUUCCAGUCCAUCUUUUAACGACACAGCGCCUAGAAAUUCAGUUUUCUAUGGCACAAGAAUCCCUAGCAAGGAAGUACAGUGGGGAAAAUUCAACAUGGUCGAAGCAGAGCGCCGCCUGUUAGCAAACGCCUUGCUCGACCUCUCAAACCAGCGUUUCGUUCUCCUCUCCGAGUCUUGCAUUCCCCUCUACAACUUCCUCACCGUCUACGCUUACCUCAUCGGCUCCAACCAAACCUACGUGGAGGCCUACGACCUACCAGGACCCACCGGCCGCGGUCGAUACAGACACCGACUAGCCCCGGUGAUCGCCAAAGAGCAAUGGCGGAAGGGGUCGCAGUGGUUCGAGAUGGACCGCGACCUUGCCGUCGAGGUGAUCUCCGACUGCACAUAUUUUCCGACUUUCAAGAGAGUGUGUAAAUCGGUCAAAUGUUAUGGGGACGAGCAUUACUUGCCAACAUUUGUGAAUAUGAGAUCUGGGGAGAAGAAUUCGAAUAGGAGUGUGACUUGGGUAGAUUGGUCGAAGGGUGGAAUCCAUCCAUUUCCCUUUGCCAGAAAACAUGUGACCAAUGGGUUGUGGGAGAGGAUUAGGAAUGGAAGCAAAUGUGAGUACAAUGGGAAGAGAACUAGUGUUUGUUUCUUGUUUGCAAGGAAAUUCCUGCCUGGUAGUUUGCCUAGGUUAUUGAGAUUUCCUCCAAUUACGAUGAACUUGAAUUUGUAAAUGCGACCUGAUAGCCCCAUUCUUUCUAAAUUUUUUUCGAGGUUUUGGUUUU